AUGCCUUCUGCCACCGGUCAAAAUUGGGAAAAAUACACCAAAAAGUUCUCCGACGAUGAAAUUGAAGAAAAGAAAAUAAUCCCACUCACAGAUGAAGAUAUCCAGGUUCUCAAAACAUACGGUGCUGCUCCAUAUGCUAGUCACCUCAAAAAGCUUGAACAACAGAUCAAAGAAAAACAGGCUAGUGUGAAUGAGAAGAUUGGUGUUAAAGAAUCGGAUACUGGGUUAGCACCACCUCAUUUAUGGGAUGUUGCAGCAGAUAGGCAGCGUAUGUCCGAAGAACAACCACUUCAGGUUGCACGAUGUACCAAAAUCAUAAGUAACGAAGAAAACGCCGAAAAGAGCAAGUAUGUAAUCAACGUUAAGCAAAUCGCCAAAUUUGUGGUCAAGCUUGGGGAUCGUGUCAGUCCUACAGAUAUUGAGGAGGGUAUGAGAGUUGGUGUUGACCGGAACAAAUACCAAAUCUUGUUACCCUUGCCACCUAAAAUUGAUGCUAGUGUCACUAUGAUGACAGUCGAAGAGAAACCAGACGUUACUUAUGGAGAUGUUGGUGGAUGCAAGGAACAGGUCGAGAAGCUCCGCGAGGUCGUGGAGAUGCCCCUUCUUUCACCAGAACGCUUUGUCAACCUCGGUAUUGACCCACCAAAAGGGGCCUUACUCUACGGACCACCUGGAACUGGAAAAACUCUUUGCGCAAGAGCUGUGGCCAACAGGACAGAUGCGACGUUUAUUCGAGUCAUUGGAAGUGAAUUGGUCCAGAAGUAUGUCGGAGAAGGUGCUAGAAUGGUUCGCGAGCUUUUUGAAAUGGCACGGACAAAAAAAGCAUGCAUUAUUUUCUUCGACGAAAUCGAUGCUGUUGGGGGGGCCCGUUUUGAUGAUGGUGCUGGAGGGGAUAACGAAGUGCAGAGAACCAUGUUGGAGCUAAUAACACAGCUUGAUGGCUUUGACGCAAGAGGAAACAUCAAGGUCAUGUUUGCCACCAAUAGGCCUUCAACAUUAGACCCAGCUCUCAUGCGACCUGGUCGUAUUGAUCGCAAGAUCGAGUUUUCACUCCCAGAUAUUGAUGGAAGGGCAAACAUACUUCGGAUCCAUGCAAAAAGUAUGUCAGUUGAGCGUGAUAUCCGAUGGGAACUGAUUUCACGGCUUUGUCCCAACUCCACUGGCGCGGAGUUGAGAAGUGUUUGUACAGAGGCAGGCAUGUUUGCUAUCCGCGCCAGGCGCAAGGUUGCCACGGAGAAAGACUUUUUAAGUGCGGUCGACAAAGUGAUCAAGGGAAACCUUAAGUUCAAUUCUACAGCCACCUACAUGCAAUACAACUAG